GACGCUAUUGAAGCAUUGAAUUCAUUGCAAACAAAUGCUCAAGUUCUUCAGAAGUUAAAACUUACAAAAAAUUAUAGUCAAGAAAACAAUGUUCAGUCUACUAUAAAGUACCUCUCUAGGUCUGGAAUUACCUUAGAUCAACUAGAGAGAGAGUUAUCUGUAAUCCAUGUGUCAGGUACCAAAGGGAAAGGUUCAACUUGUGCCAUAUGCGAAUCAAUUCUUCAUUUCCAUGGUUAUAAAACUGGUUUCUUCUCUUCUCCUCAUUUGGUUGCUGUUAGAGAGAGAAUACGAAUCAACAAAACUCCCCUAACAGAAGCAGUUUUUGCACAAUAUUUUUGGAAAGUGUAUAACAAGUUACAAGUAGAGAAGGAACAUGCAAAUGACAUGCCCUCAUAUUUCAAGUUUUUGACUGUUAUGGCACUCAACGUUUUUGCAGCAGAAAAAGUUGAUGUAGCAAUCAUUGAAGUCGGAAUCGGUGGAGAACUGGACUGCACAAAUAUAUUCAAAAAACCUGCUGUAGUGGGUAUCACCUCCCUUGGAUUAGACCACACGAGUCUGUUGGGGAAUACUAUUGAAGAAAUUGCUUGGCAGAAAGGUGGGAUCAUGAAGUUGGGAACACCAGCGUUCACGAGCCCUCAGUUAACGCCAGCUUUAGAAGUGUUAAACCAGCGUGCUGUAGAGAAAAAGUGUCCACUCUGGGAGGUGCCUCCUCUUAGUGAGUAUGACUGUGAUGGUCUCCAGUUGAGUAUUGGUCUCAAAGGCGAUGUACAAACAAUAAACACAUCACUGGCUCUGCAGUUAUCUCGGGCCUGGAUCAAUCGGCAACAACAAGCCAAAAGCAGUACUGGAUUAUUGGGGUAUGCUAAAGCAUUUAGGAUUGAUGGUGCUACAGCUGAAGGAAUAAAAUCGUGUUCCUGGCCUGGACGUUACCAAGUGCUCACUAGAAAAUCAGACCAUGGGAGUUGUACUUACUAUUUAGAUGGUGCUCACACGUUGGAGAGUAUAGAACUUUGUGUCCAGUGGUUUCGUCAAAUCAUAAACAAGGAUCAGAACAGGAGCUCCUGUAGAUAUAUCCUGGUCUUUAAUGUGACCGGAGAUAGAAAGCCGACUGACCUCUUGGUUCCAUUGAUGUCUUGUCAGUUUGACAGUGCUUUCUUCUGUCCGAACAUCUCGGUGUCUGAUCCCAAAUCUAAUGGUGAGCUUUUAUCUUUUAUUAGUUACUGUUUUAUAGCAAAUUUUAUUUCAUGCAUUAUCAGUUUUAGUUAUUUUUUAAAUUUUUUAGUAAAGUAAUUUUCAAAUACAAAA